AUGGUGAGCAAAAAGUUGCAAUCUAAGAUUGUGUGCAUGGAUGCUACUCUCAAACAAAUUGAAGGGGUUAUCUCAUAUUUUCAAAAAUAUAGAGUCGAAGGCUUCGGCUCUAGUAUUGAGGUUGCAAAAGCCAUUGCUGCUGAUAUGGAUAUAGAGCCGAAAUUUCCUACAAAGCGCCAAAGUAAAAGGAAGAAGCAAUUUGAUGAAACAAGUGAUGAAGAAAUACAGCUAUCAGCUAUGGAAUCAUUUAGAGUCAAUUACUUUAUUGUCAUCGUUGACACGGCAAUUGCUUCAUUGACUAGUCGAUUUGAGCAGCUGAAAACAUUUGAAAAGGUGUUUGGUUUUCUAUUCAACUCAGAUAAUUUGAAGUCCUUGGAUAAUAACGAUCUACGUAAGCAUUGCACUACUUUUGCAGAAGUUUUUUCUCAUGAUAAUUCAUCUGAUGUUGAUCUAGAUGACUUUUUCUCUGAAAUUAAAGUACAGCAAGUAACUCUGCUAGAUGGUUUUAUGUCAGCCCCAGAGAUUCUUCAAUUUGUUACAACUGUAGAUUGCUAUCCAAAUGUCUCUAUUGCAUAUCGGAUCCUCGUAACUGUGUCGGUGACUGUAGCAUCAGCUGAAAGAAGCUUCUCAAAACUGAAACUACUGAGAAAUUGUUUGAGAACAACUAUGUUACAAGAAAGAUUGAAUGACUUAGCUAUGUGCAGCAUUGAGAAAGAUAUCUUGGACAACCUUGAUCUAGAUACGAUUAUUAAUGAUUUUGCAUCAAGAAAUACCCGAAGGAUCUUUUUUGUCAAGAACUGA